AGAAGGCAGAUUAUUUACAAAUUCUAGAAAACAGAGGAAAAAGCACCAAAGGAGAGCAGAAAAAUAACAGGUAUACAAUGUUCGUCAAGUUCGUGGUGCUGUUCCUUCUUCUUUGGGGAUCUAUAGCGUCACAGCUAAAUGAUAUUGGUUUCACCUACAAUGGAUUUGGAGGAGUUAACAUGGGCUUGGACGGCUUAGCCCAGAUUACAGACAAUGGCCUCCUACUGCUGGUAAACACCACUAAACAACAGAUGGGUCAUGCCUUCUACCCUCAUCCACUCCACUUCAUGAGUUCAUCUACAGGUAGUGUUUUCUCCUUCUCCACUACUUUUGUAUUUGCCAUGUUCACUCAGUUCACUUCAAUUGGAGGUACUGCAAUGGCGUUCGUGAUGGCACCCUCAAAAAAGUUCCCAGGUGCUUCACCAGCAGGUUAUAUCGGACUCUUCAACAUCACCACCGUCGGCAAUUCAUCGAACCAUGUCAUCGCGGUUGAAAUGGAUACCAUCAAAAGUCCGGAAUUCAAUGACAUCGAUGGAAACCAUGUUGGUAUAGAUAUCAACGACUUGAAAUCUGCUCAAUCUGCUCCAGCUUCUUAUUUUAGUGAUCAAGAGAAUCGAUAUGUGAACCUCACCCUCUUCAGUGGACAAGCUAUGCAACUUUGGGUGGAAUAUUCUGGUCCUCAAAAGCAACUUAAUGUGACUUUAGCUUCAAUUGAUGUCCCUAAACCAACGAUCCCUCUCUUGUCCUUGAACAUUGAUCUCUCUCCAAUCGUCGUAGAUCCUAUGUUUGUGGGCUUCUCUUCUGCUACUCACACCUUCGAUGUACACAAUUAUGUGUUGGGUUGGAGUUUUAAGAUGAACGGGAAAGCCAAAGAACUAACACUCUCACAGCUUCCUAAGCUUCCUCGUUUCGGACCUAAAAAGAAAUCUAAAAUGUUCAGUGUUGGAGUACCUGUGAUUGUUGUUACUUUGCUGUUAGUCUUCAUCUUCAUCAUCCAAUUUAUAGUUAAAACGAAGAAAAAGUUUGCUGAAGUGCUUGAGGAUUGGGAAUCGGAGUAUAGACCUCACAGGUUCAAAUAUAGAGAUCUCUAUAUUGCCACCAAAGGGUUUAAGAACAAUGAGCUUCUUGGAACUGGUGGCUUUGGUCGGGUCUACAGAGGUGUACUACCCAGAUCCAAAGCCGAAGUUGCGGUGAAGAGAGUAUCAUACAAUUCUACACAGGGGGAAAGAGAAUUUGUUGCUGAAAUCGUGAGUAUUGGUAAAUUGCGGAACCGGAACAUAGUACCACUCUUGGGCUAUUGCCGACGUAAAGGAGAGCUCUUUCUAGUCUAUGAUUUCAUGCCCAAUGGGAGUCUAGACAAAUUCCUCUUCGAUCAAACAACGAUAGGGAAGAUGCUCAAUUGGAAUCAAAGAUUUAGAAUCAUCAAAAGUGUCGCAGCCGCGUUGUUAUAUCUACAUGAAGAAUGGGAAAAAAUAGUGGUUCAUAGAGAUGUGAAGUCUAGCAAUGUCUUAAUUGACAAGGAGUUCAAUGGAAGAUUAGGAGAUUUUGGGCUUGCAAGAUUAUAUGAUCAUGGAACUGUUCCUCAAACCACCCAUGUCAUGGGGACGCUAGGUUAUCUUGCACCAGAACUUUGUAGAAAUGGAAAAGCAAAUCCCAGUGUGGAUGUGUUUGCAUUUGGGAUUUUUUUGCUUGAAGUUGCUUGUGGUAGGAGGCCUAUAGAGCCACAAGCAUCAAAAGAGUGUGUGUUGUUGGUGGAUUGGGUGCUCUCAAGUUGGGGUAAGGGAAUGAUUCUAGAUACUGUGGAUCGAAAACUGGGAAUGAAUUAUGAAGUGGAGGAAAUAGAGUUGGUGUUAAAACUUGGAUUGCUUUGUUCUCACUCAAUUCCAAAUGCAAGGCCCUACAUGCGACAAGUUGUGCGGUACUUGGAGGGGGAGGUCCCUCUAUCGGACAUAACAUUGCUUGGUCUAAGCACAACCACAAAUGACAAAACUUUGGUCAGUCUUGGGAGCACUGUGACUCGGUCAUCUUCUGUUGUUGCAGAAUCUGUACUCUCUGGUGGCCGAUGAUAUUCUAUUUUGGUAAUUCUCUAUUUUAAUUCAGGUUUUUAUCAGAUUUAAAUUGAGAUCGUGCGUCAUUAAUAGCUUCUCUUUUUCUGUAUUUAUAAUUACGUAGCCCCCCGCCAGGUUAGGUUAAUUAAAUUUGUUUUAGUAUGUUUUGAGGGUAGAAGACCCUAAUUGGUCGCAUGGCGCUGUAACUUUUAUUUCCAUCUUAUGUUUAGGCCUUUUAGAGUAAAUUUUAUA